AUGAAGCUCAACAUUGCUCAUCCAACUAACGGUACACAAAAAAUGUAUGAAAUUGAACAUAAAGCUGAAUUAAAAUUGUACGGACGAAAAGUGGGUGACCAGUUUAAUGGUGAAUUGAUUGAUGAAAAAUUUACUGGUUAUGUAUUUGAGAUUACUGGCGGGGAUGAUGCACAAGGUUUUCCUAUGUCAAGGAAAUAUUUGACACCCAACCGUGUCAGACCACUUUUAAAGAAAGGCGAUGUAGGUUAUAGAUGCAGAAGAAGGGGUGUUAGAAAGAGAAAAAGUGUUAGAGGUGCUAUUGUAUCUGAAGAUAUAAAUGUUCUAUCACUUAUUAUUAUAAGAGUAGGAGAACAGGAAUUAGAUGGACUUACUAAUGUUAUUAAGCCCAAGACUCACUUACCUAAAAGGGAUGAAAAAUUAAUUAAGUUAUUUAAUAUCCCUGAAGGUGCUGAUAUAGUAUCUUUUGUCAAAGAUUUUCUUACUAAAAGCGCAGGCACUGAGGACUUUAAGAUGCCUACUAUUAAACCGACCGGACAUAUUCAUGCUGCCAGGAGAGCCAAAAUAGAAGCAUCAAAAAAUGCCCAUGCUGAGAAAAAAGCUAGAAAUGAAGAAUUAAGGCAAAAUUAUAUGAAGACUUAUAAUAUACAACUUAAUUAA